AUGAGGCUCCACAUCGAGUGGUUGCGAUUGCUGAUGACCAUGUUCAUGCUCUUGACUAUAGUGGCAACCAACCAUGCCCGGUGCAUCCUAGCAACCAUCCAGUACAGCGAGAAGUACACAGACAGCACCUACGAGUACAGACACGUCAUCCUCCCCCAAGAGACUGCUCGCAUGUGCCCCAAGAACAAGCUGCUGACAGAAACUGAGUGGAGGAGCCUCGGGGUGCAGCAGUCGAGGGGAUGGGUUCACUAUGCCAUCCACAAGCCAGAACCGCACAUCCUCCUCUUCCGUCGGCCUCUUGGAACUGAUCCUGUACCUCCAGUCAUGAGUUGGUUGUUGCGCUGA